AGCAGAGCAGAGCAGCCUGCUAGAAAUGAUUAGAAGAAGAAGAAAAAAGGAGAGGAAGAAGAAGAAAGCAGCUGAGGGAGAAAGGCUGACUGUUAGCUAAGAGGUAGAGAAAAUGGACCGAACAGUGAGCCUCCCGCUGCAACCAGGAGCUCAGACCACAGUGCAGCUGGUGGAGAGCAGCCCGGCCCCCAGCGGAGUGGAGCUGGUCAGCUCCUACCAGACCAACAGACUGGGAGACCCCAUGGACCUGGUGGCGCUGGCCCAGCAGGUCCAGAAGGGAGACGAUUUUGUGAAAGCCAACGCCUGCAACAAGCUGACGGUGAUUGCAGACCAGAUCCGGUACCUUCAGGAGCAGGCCAGAAAGGUUCUAGAAGAUGCCAAAAGAGACGCUGACCUCCACCACGCUGCCUGCAACAUAGUGAAGAAGCCUGGCACCAUGUAUUACCUGUACCAGCGUCCAUCUGGACAGAAAUACUUCUCCAUCAUCUCCCCGCAGGAAUGGGGACCCAGCUGCCCUCAUCCCUUCCUGGGAGCCUUCAAGCUGCAGCACGACAUGUCCUGGACCCCGAUGGAGCAGGUCGAGAAGAGGGAGGCAGAGAUCGCCAUCAUGGACAAACUGCUGAGCCAGCAGACAGCCUUACCUCCGUACACGGGACCCAACUUCAAAGGUCUGACUGAAUGAAGACUGCUGAGCGGACCAAUCAAGGAUUGGUUUACUGGACAUCUCGGUCCACACUGGGACAGACGCUGCUUUCUUCUGCUGCUAUGUAGCCUAAUGGCCUAGUUAAAGUCUGUCUUAGAAAUCACUAUCAGCAUUUUCAAUCUUCUGAACUGUUCUGAAAGAUGGAUGGUCCUGAUAAAACACUGCGGAUCAGAACCAGCAGACGAGUCGGAACCCAACCACCUCUGGACCUGAGGCGACGAGGUUCCUCAUGGGGUCCAGGAAACAUAACAUGUUCUCACCUUCAAUAAAAUGAUUUAUUUUAA